GUCAACCGGAAGUUGAAUCCACGGACCUUAAAGGCUUUCAGGCUGUGGGGCUUUAGUAGAGCCCUGUUUACUCUGUAACCAUAACGUCAAUAACACAACCCCCCCCAGUCUGCCUCUGCAUUCCUCAGCGGGAGGGACCGUUUGAUCGGAUAAAAGUUCAAACUUCCGGCCAGGAAGCGGCUGCAGACCCGACUUUGUAUAAUAAUCAGUGAUGACUCUGGUAUCAUGUUCCAUGAAAUCUACACCUCAAGUUUUCCUCGAAGCUAAGAGAUCGUCCAGGUUUGGUUCCGAGUGAAAUCUUCGAAGGAAUGUUUGAAAAUCCUGCCAGACUGAAGGUAAUCAGUGGUUUGGUUUUUGAGUGAAAGGUGGAUCCAUUUCAUCAGUGGCUUGGCAGCUCCUGAGCCGGCCGAUCUGAAAGGAUGACCAGCCUGUUCAGGCGCAGCGGCGGCAGCAAUAAAGGCUCUGAGAGCAGCGGAGGUAGAGAUGGAGGUGGUGGAACUGGAGGCCAGCUCAACAACAGCAGGCCCAACCGGCCAGUCAGGCGUCUGGAGUUCAAUCAGGCCAUGGAGGACUUCAAGAUAAUGUUUCCCUCCAUGGACUAUGAGGUGAUUGAGUGCGUUUUACGAUCCAACAAAGGAGCCGUGGACGCCACCAUCGACCAGCUGCUGCAGAUGAGCAUUGAAGGACAUAACUCGGAUGAUAGCUCGGACUCUGACGACAGCAUCCCAGUGGAGAUCCUGGAGCGAACUCAGGAACCCGACAGCUCAGAUGAAGAACCUCCUCCAGUUUACUCUCCCCCCAAAGGCAACAUUUACUCUGACUGGAAAUACCCAGAGGCCCAGACAGUAUCUCCUUCAAGAUCAGAAUCCCAGGGGCCUCCAGGGGCCCCGCCGGUUCGGGUUUACAGGAACUGGAACCCUCCUCUGCUUGGAAAUCUUCCAGACGACUUCUUGAGGAUUUUGCCGCAGCAAAGUCUAAUGAGCGGUCCAUCCCAUCCGUCCUCAGCGAGUCGGCGGACGGCUCCGUCUGGGUCUCCGUUUGGAGCGGCAGUGACGGCUGGAGGUCCUGAUUUGACAUCGGGGCUACAAGAGAAUAGCCUGAAGCAGUAUUUGGAGGACGAGCGCAUCGCCCUGUUUCUGCAGAACGAGGAGUUUUUGAAAGAGCUGAAGCGUAACCAUGACUUCCUGAUCGCCUUGGAGAGAGAUCGGUUGAAGCAUGAAUUGAAGUCCAGCCAUCUGUCAGGCGUGGGGACCUCCUCAGGCGGCUCCGUGGAGGCCCCCUCAGAUGACGCUCUGUUUAGAGACAAGCUGCAACACAUGGGGAAAUCAACAAGGAAGAAGCUGUUUGAAAUCGCCAGAACAUUUUCUGAAAAGACCAAGAGGAGGAAGUCCAAAAGAAAGGCUCUCGUCCAUUUAUUGGGGACGGCUAACUCUACAGCGAACCUCCUGGAAGACGUGGAGGGAAACCCGAGCGAGGAAGAUGGUCAGCCAAGAAGAGCCAUCCUUCAGAAAGACUCGGAACAACUCAGCGAGCCCAUCUGAUGUUCUGUCUGAGAAGACGAAGCGGAGACGGAUCUGGAGGCCAGCGGCGGUGGAUAUCUUCAACUUCCUGAUGCUCGUUUCUUGUUGUGGUUCUGGUGAUGCUGGGUAGAAACUCUUGGGCCUUCUUUGACCUUCUGGGAUUCUACUUUGGACCCAGGAUCCCAACUCUCUGCUGAAUUCAGGACUUGGCUGUUAGUUCAAAUGUUUCUGAUAAUUUCAGACCUUCUGAAAGUUGGACUUUGAACAGCUCCUCAUGUAGCUCUUCUCCAGUAUUAGCUUUAGUAUUUCAAAACAGCCGGCAGUGUCCACGAAACUGAAAUGCCUGGAAAGAAAGUUUUGUGCGCAGUGGUGUGUCAGAGCCACAGAUUUCACCACAAGGCUGUUUUCAAAUGUCAACAAAUAUUUGUCGGUAGUUUUUUAUGUACCAGUAUGCUGUGACAACCAGAACACUUUGUUUUAUAUCUAAUAGACUCUUAACCUCACAGUUUGUGAAAUCAGUGCAAAGAUGAACCAGAUGAUCUUACACUUUUAUUUACCGCGUCGGUCUGUCUCUAAAAAAUAAAACUUGUAAAUUAAUCUAAUCAAAUUAAUCCA